AUGAAGUCGGGUGCUGGCGGCGAGGGAAGCAGUAGCAAAAAGACUGCACCCAAGAGUCGCGAUAAGGGAAAGUCGAGCAGUGGAACUCGUCGAAAAACCUCCGAUGGACCUCCCUCCAGUCGAAGCAAGGAGACGACCUCGUUGAGUGCGCUCAAGACAUCAGGGAGAAGAAGUAGCAAGACUGGAGACGAAACUGCCAGUGCCUUCUCGGGGGGAUCAGGUGGUUCCAAGAAUCGCAAAGGGGCAGCUGCAGCGAGUAAUACAAGAACAAGAAGUCCUCCCCGAGAUGCCGACGAAGGGAAUGUUGCCAGUGGUUCAUUGAAAAAGAAAGGAUCCACAGCCGGUCGCCGGAAAAGUGGAAAUGACGGGGGCUUCACUCCAGAUGCAACUUCCAUGUGGGAUGCUCCUUCGUUCUUUGGAUCGUCAACGAAAAAUGAACCCUCAUCAUUUGCAGCUUCGGCCUUUGACACUCCUGGUGGUGGUGGUGGUUGUGGUGGUGGUGGAGGUAGCACUGGAGACCUCAACGAUGCUGCCUUUGCAGAUAGUACCUUCUUCUCGCCUGCUGCUUUUGGGGAUGACACGGCUAGAAAAACAGACAAAAAGUCCCUUGCAGACUUUGAUCCUCAAAAUACCUUUUCAAGUGAUAGUGCUUUUGGGAGUGCUUCCUCACACCGGUCCUCGUUGGACAUGACACCCAUCAAAGAUCCACCAAGACGUAAGGUGGGAAAACUAUCCUUGGUCAAAAGGACAGUUUUUCCUCAACACUUUGCUUGUCAGCCAGUGAUGAACCCAGCAAAUGGCAACAUGAUCUUUUGCACGUCUAGAGAUGGAGAAAUGUUGCUCGUAGAGGUUGACCCGUCCAGGAAUUAUGUGCAGGUCCUAUCCAGCCCUAUUCUUACACCAGAACUACAUCGCAAAGUCACCAACAAGUACAGCCGUUCGGCAUAUGGGAUCGAUAAUGUGUUGAAGCUUUGUGUGGGCAUGCAUCAGUCUCAUGGUCAACCAAGAGUCCGUAUUGUGGCAGUCAUCGAUCUGCUGGUUUUGGACUCCAAGCAUAUCCUCAGAGCCAUUGCUGUUUGGCAAUGGGGAUAUGGCACGAGUCAGCCAGUGGCGCUUCAGUUCUUGUUGUCGCCUCCUUCCGGAACCGAUUAUGCGUACGAUCCCGAGUCAAUCCUGGCUGCUGACAACUUGGUUUUUGUAGCUGGUGCAUCAGCCAAAGGACCAUGUGUCUUCAUGUGCAAGCCGUCGGUACGAGAGUCUUGGUCUGCCAAUUUCUUGGGGCCAUCGGGAAAAAUUACCUCCAUGGCUGUGACAUCAAAUCCAAAGAGAAAGCACCCGUAUCUAGCCGUUGGUAUGGCAGAUGGAAGUCUUAGUGUCUGGAGCUAUGCUGUGGCUUUGCGACAGGCAGCUUCCAAAAAGAACGAGCCGUUUCGACGUCUUUUGUACCCUCUCUGUCGCCUGGAUGCAUUGUGGGUGUUGAAAGGCUUGCAACCAACCAAUUUUGCCGAAGAGAAGAGACCAAAGGGAGAUGUAGCGGAACAACAGGUUGAUGCAGGAAUCUGCACAAGCCUGCAAUGGCUGCCCCCGCAACCUGCAUGUUCAUCACUCCUACUCCUUGCCGCUGGAUUUCAGGGCGGUUUUGCUGUCUUUCACGUUGCGCUCCCUCUUGUGGCGGACGAGAAGACAGGCAAAUUCUCUCCAUCUGCAAACCCGCAGAUGCAAUCGACACAACUUGCUGCAACACCGCAAAUCCACCCUUUCUCAGCUGUCCGGUUGUCCACGCAACAACAGGACCUCUACGUUUCCUGGGUAAGCUUUGGGCCACACAACAAUCCAUGCCUGUCCUUGUUGAUGCACAAGAGAAGCGCAGACGACGAACCGGGUAGGAUAGUUCUUGGUGCUAUCAACGUGACGGAGUAUCGAAAAGGAAGCAAACCAAAGGAGAGCCUUGCGUCGUUCAAGAUGCUUGCAACCAUGGCAUGGCGUUCCAAAUCAAAGGCCUUUCCAAGCGGGCUGCUUCCUAGUGGCAAUGACGUGCUUUACCAUAGCGCUGCAGGUGUGGCAGAGUUACACCCAUCCUUCUCGAGUUCCAUCAGCGAUCCAACUGUACAAAGUUUGAAACACCCAGUUUUUUCGCACCCACCUGGUGUGGAUUCAAUGGGCGAAGUGCUGGGCACAGACACGACAAGCGACAAGGAAGGGGUGCUACAUGUAUUUUCUGUAAACCAGUCCGAUUGGGUUGAAAGUGACAGCGACGAGCAACCAAAGACUCUGCACUGGUCGAGGCCGGCUCGCCGCCAUUGGCUUUGUAGGACAUUGUGUGGCGAUCGAAAGGAAACUCAGCCGGACGAAGAAGCCAACCAGUUCGACGACGAUGAAGAACACGCAGUUGGGGGUGGAGUUUCAAGCGUAAUUUGUGAGUUGGAAAGCAAAGCCCUGUCCGGCCUCUCGCCAUGUCGAAUCGUACGAUGUCGUGGCACUGCUGUCGUGGCAGUCCCUUUCCGCCCCGCCUUGGGCCACCACGUUGCUACUGGCCCCUUGUCCAAUUUGUCCUCAGAUUGUGUGUCGAUUGCACUGGUAGAGGAGGCCAAGGCUGGCCCCGCCAGCAUCGAGGUUGUUGAAGGAAGGGAUGUUGUGUUCGUGCCUUCUCGAGACAGCACCAUCCGUUCACUGGUUCUCGGAAGGGACGGCAGUUCAUUGUCUUGCUAUCAGAAAACCUCAAGCGGGUGGGACAAGGGAAAAGAUUUUCGACCAAUCUUGGGUGUCGACGCCGACGACAGCUUCGUCGAGGCCCAGCGCGUUUUCUUUCUGAAGAACGACACGAAGCAUGGUCUUGCGGUUGUCGGUAAGAGAUACUCGGAUGGCCUUACCUGCAUUCUCUGUGGGCCCUGGGGAGGAGCUGAUCAGAUUUCUGGUGACAGCUGGACUGCCCUUUUGCCAGAGCUGUCGCCACGCGAGUCUUGUCUGUGGCUUGAUGAGGGGGAAGACAUUCAAUCAAUUAUAUCGCUACCGAACAGACCCGACGUGUCACCAAAAUUCGCUGUGUCGACCACGAGGAGGGUUUUAAUUCUCUCGUCGACCCUGUCUGUUCUAGCUGAGUCGACAAUGGAAGUGAACGGUGCAAUGGCUCCCCUGGGUUCCUCAGCAGUGGCGUUUUCGACUAGAGAUGCCAGGAUUCGGUAUCUAUGUUGCCUCCGAGGGAAACUAUCCUCUGGUAUCAUUGUCACGCUUCCUACACAGCUGGGGUCUGCCUCGAGUCUCCUGCUCGCACUGCGUUCUGAUAGGAUCCUGUACUUGCGGUGGCACAGUGGAUCCAGUUUGAUCGAGUUCAAGGAUGACCCAAACUCCUUCCUGCUACCCAUGGUGUCUACAAAGCCAGUACUGGUACUUGAGCCUUUGGUGGCAAAUGCAAUUUGCGAAGGUGCCACGAACGGCCAAUCUACAGAGCUUCUCCGGUUGGUCAUUGAAAGGUUCGGAAGGAAGGUUUCUUCCAUUUCACACGGCGAGGAGGAAGGUGUAGGUAACAAAGGGUCGGCAAUUACCCCACGCGUCUACGAAUUGCUAUCCAAGCAUGGCCUCAAACAUGCUUCGUCGUGGCUGCUGACAGGCAGUGUCCAGUUCGACCGUUCCACAAAUAGCAAAAUACUCCCGCCGUGGAUCCCAAACUCGGCUAAGAAGGAAGCCGCCUAUAAUGGGGACGCUCUGCUUCACUUGGUUGCCAACGGUGACCAGUACCUUUCCGAGUAUGUUCGAGAUCCGGACCCAAAUAGGCAAUCGAACUUGCCUCGAUGUGCUGACAGCACAUCCUUCCUGUGCCGCGAGUUUGGCCUUGAAGCUCUUGCCAACGGACAAACCGAUGAUGCCUUCAAGAUGCUAGACCUGGUUGGGUCGGAGUCUACCGAGUGCAUGCUUCUGCAGCUCUCGCUAUUACGUGCCAUCAAUUCCAGCAACGAGACUGAGUUAUUCAAGGCCCUGAGUGGAUUCGACACCGGCUCAUUGUCAAUGUCUUCCAAGUUUCCAACUGCGACUGCAUCCAUGGCAGCCGUGGCUGCGUCCAUGGCAGCUGGGGGAGGAGGAGAUCUGAAGGGUUGGAUGAAACCGCUAGCCCCGUCGCUGCAGAAGGGCACUCAUUUUCAACGAUCCAGACAACGACUUCUUGAAGAAAGAGCACUGAGUGGUUACGGAAGCAGUCGGCGCCAGAGUACAGCAGCUGAUCGUUUCUGGCAGGAUCCAUGCAGCGAAUCCAAGCACAUUUGGAACGAAGGUCCGGGAAAGGAGAAAGAAAACUUGCUCGUCCUGGACAGUGUCGAAGAUUGGCUUGGCCGUCGCCAGCCUUUGCUUCUUGGAAAGGCUGGCGUCAAGGAUGCAGAGGAACGCGGCGAAGUUGCAUUGGCCAAAAUAUUGAAAAUGGAUGAGAAGGAGGACGACGAAGCUGAGGAAGCGGAGGAUGCUGACGCUGAAAGCGAUACCAAAGGAUGGGAUGACAGAGUUGGUGAAGGUAGGGAGGAUGAGGAGAACCUUUCAGGAUACUUCCGUUUCUGGGAAGGAGAAGAUGAUGAAAUUGCUUGGCGUACGGAGGGAUUCACAGAUUUGUCAAGGUUUCAGUGCAAGGCAAACGUUGUCGGACAAGGUGGAGCCCUGGCGCUGCAACCAACUACCUCAAGUGUCGAUGAAGGGGAGGAAGGCAAGGUCAAGCCGCUGUACGAUUUAGUCUUUGAAGACCCCGGAGACGAAGAAGCAACUGGCUUAGCCAUUGCGGCAACGCGAGGAAGCAGCAUUGAUGUUGGAAUACUUCACCAACCCGAACGAGGUGGGCGCCAGAGAUGCACCCUUGAGUUCUGGUAUUAUCUCCCGACGCAAUCGCUAACAAAAGAGUUGGUGCUGGCUCGACGAAGCAUGGGGGCGGACGCUGAUGAUUUCUCUAAAGUAUGCAUUGCUUCCAACAAACGCUCGAUGCUUUGGGACUUGGUGCUGCUUAAAUCUGGAGAAUUGGAAGUUCGUACCUGUGGUGGCACAGUGCUGCGAUCUACCUCUGAAAAGACUGCUGGAGACGACGAAGAGACAAAAAAGGAGCUUGUGUCGUUUGAACGUUGGAACCAUGUCUGCGUUGCUUUUUCUUCAAAGGGUUUUGACAAAAUUUCAAAGUGCACAGUUUCGUUGUACAUGAUGGGAAUUGCUGUGGGAUCGGCAGAAACAUCAAUGUUGCCUCCAGAGCCGACCGCGGAGAACCUGGGUUCCAAAGUUGACAAGUUGAUGGAAAAGUCACACUUGGUUUUUGGAUUGACCCCCAUUGCUGGUUUCCGCCUGACCGAGAUCCGAGUCUGGGCUUGCGAGAGGAGUGAAGAUGAUAUCAAAAGAAUGCUUAGAGAAUACUUGGACGCAGCCGAAGUGAGAAAGAAGAAGUUUAGGGUGAAGAUCGGCAAGAAAGGGAAAGGCGGCUUGGCUCCACCAAAGUCUGGGGGGAAAGGAUUUCUGGCUCCACCAAAGUCAAGCAGUGAUACUGGUAGUCUAAGCCCCCCAAAAGGCGAGCUUGUCCCACCAAAGUCAGGUGGCUUGGCCCCACCAAAGUCAGGAGGUUUGGCCCCUCCAAAGUCGUUUUUACCGCCUCCUAAAGGCGGUUCAAGAGGAGGCCUUCUAGCACCGCCAAAGGAUCGCCAAGACGCAGAUUCGUCUGUCGCUACCCCCAUUGAGGAAAGCAGCACAACAGAUCAGUUUGGACUCGCUUCAGGGACCGACUUUGAGGCAACGUUUGGCACCUUUGGUUCUCCUGAUGGUUUCCAGGAUGCUGACGCAUCAUCAGCACCAAAUAAUGACGCUAUGGACUUUUUGGGUCAGACUGACAAGGGCGGCGACAACGACGCGUCUGCGUGGGGUGAUCUUGCAACUCAACAAGCAGAAGAACCUGCAGCAACUCCCAAGAAGUCCUUGUGGGAUAGUGCAAUACAAUUGUCUCAGCAGGUACGAUCUUCAGCCGCAGCAGCUCUUAUUCGUGGACCUCCCGCAACGCGCCAUUUUGGAGGAAACAGAGGUGGGCUCCCCGACUUGCGAGGAAGAGACCGAUAUGGUGUUGGUGGCAUCGCCAUUUGUGGAUCCGAGAAGACCAUCGUCUGGAGAGACGAAGAGGAGCCGCCUGCCUUGACGUACCCAAUUGGAGCCAGUGGCGCUAUUGUCAGUGAUCAAUUGGACGACGAAGAAGGAAGCGAAUUUCUGUGUUGCUUCCUUGCCAAAGACAAACGCAUGGUUGUUUUUGAGCUCAAUUCGAGGACUGUAGUUGUUGAAUUGCAAAUGACAACAAAGUUGAACUUUUGGAGAUUUCUUCCUCCAGAAGCAGGAGAAAGCACGUUGUGUUUUAUGCUGAUUACGCCGGUUGGGGGCUUCCACUGGAUGCCUCUCGACGACUCGCCAAGACCUCGCCAGGUGUGGAAGCGCGGAUCAGAUCUACAGGGAAAGAAAAUUGUCAGCUACGAAGAAGGAGGGAGCAAUGGCUUGGCUGGCCCUGAAAUGAUAUCCCGAGUUGGAUUGAUUUGCGUAACGGAUUCGAAUGGCACAGGAACCCUAGAGGCUUGGAUUGUGCCCAUUUGCGGUGACUCUUCCGCAGUCCUGGUGUCAAAUGAUGUCCAAGGGGCAGCCUUUUGUGUUCGGGAAGGUGUUGCAGGGGAUUCAUUUCUGCCGCACCUGGCCCUUGUUGUGGAGGAUGGUGAUGGCUUGAAACUGAGCAUCUGUUCCGUGUUAGAGGGCGAGUCGGGUUCCGUAGAUCGUGGCACGGAACUCACUUCCAUACCACUGACAGAGCCCGUAAGUUCCAUUCUGGAACCACCAACCCUUGCGAUGGGUGUUUUCCCUUCUUCCUUGGUUUGCACCUUGGGCAGCUAUGUGGUUGUGCUAGUGCGUGCAUCCGGUACCAUGCUAGCGUACGAGUUGAGGAACGACGUGCUGGAACUUGUCGCCAGUGAGAGUAUUGAGCAUUAUGUGGUGGAUGCAGUUAUGCGUUAUUCUGCCAUUGAAGGCGGCGUUGAGAUUGUCAUGCUUUUAUCGGACCGCGACAACAGCAAGGAUGGCCGUAUUGCGUGUUACAACUUUCGAUCUCAAGCGUAG